AUGUAUCUUGCUUGUGAGAGGAGUGGCCAACAUAGAGCGACAAAGAAGUUAAACCAUGAUGGCAACAAUACAUCAAGAAUAACCGAUACGAAGAAGUGUGGCUGUCCUUUUGAUAUGAGGGCUCACAGGUCUACCACACAUGAUGAAUGGACAUUGACCGUAGUAUGCGGAUUGCAUAACCAUCCACCUACGGAGCACCUUGAGGAACAUUCAUAUGCGGGGAGGCUAUCAAAGGAUGAGAAAGCAUUGUUAAUGGAUAUGUCAAAGAGCAUGGUUCGGCCAAAAGAAAUCCUAGUAACCUUGAAACAGCGAGAUGCCCUCAAUGUAAGCACACUUAAAACCAUUUACAAUGUACGCCAUCGAAACAGGGUGGUACAGAGAGCUGGAAGAUCACAGAUGCAACACUUAUUGGGUGAAUUUGCCAAGUAUAAUUACAUUGAGCGCCAUCGAUCUGAAGAGUCCACGAUGACUGUGACAGACUUGUUUUGGGCACAUCCUACCAGUUUGGACUUAUUUCGGUCUUCCCCACGUAUAUUAAUUAUGGAUUGCACAUAUAAAGCCAACAGAUAUUGUCUUCCUCUUCUUGAAAUUAUGGGAGUGACAUCAACUGAAAUGACUUUCUCUGUAGCUUUCGCAUACUUACAGUAUGAGAGGGUCGAUAACUAUGCGUGGGUGUUAGCUACAUUGCGUGAUGUCAUGGAUGGUUUUGUUAUGCCAACAAUUAUUGUUACUGACAGAGAGCUAGCCUUGAUAAAUGCCAUACAGAAGAUAUUCCCGAGUGGCAGACAUUAA